AUGCCGACCGAAAAAUUUGCCUGGGAAGAGACAGCCCCCCACAGAUGGGAACGAGAUAUUGAUGAGGUGGAGACGUUUUAUACGACCCUCGCCAAAAGGUUUGAAGGAACUGGGAGGACGUUUUUCGCUAUGACGUGCCAUGUCAGCAUCAAAGUUGAUGUUAUUGAUGAAUCCGUUCUUACUAUAGAGAGAAGGGUAAUUGAGGCGCUCCGUGAAGCGUGGGUAUGCCUUCGAUACGACCACCCACUUAUUGCAUCGUGGGUAGAAUACCACCAUGAGGCCAAGAGAUGCAGAAAAGUAUAUGAAGGGCUCCCCAAAACAAACCAGCAUAUACACCAGUCUGCAUGGCUCAAUGAAACCUUCAAAAUUAUCUCCAACGGCCAGACAGGCCAGGAAUGGUGCAACUCAGACCCUCCAGUUCCCAAGCUUCCCACGUUAUUCUUGGUUAAAAACGGGCCCUGUGCCGAACAUGGUGAAUUUCAAGCAGAUUUGAUUCUGAGGGCACAGCAUGAUGUUAUCGAUGGAAUUGGGUCUCUCCAUCUGAUGAAUAACCUCUUUCGGCAUGCAGCUCGGGCAUAUGGGCAACCAGAGAAGGUUCCUGUACAUCGCUUUGGUGACGAAUGGAAGAAUCUGAGUCCGCCCCUUCGGAUUGCUGCGGACAUCCCUCUAACUCUCACAAGCGAGCAAGAAGUGAGAUUGAAAGGAAUAGUGAGAGAUAAUUUGUUUCUUCGUGAGGAGAUAGAGGUUGCAACCCUCCCGUUUCGGUUUGGCCGUACAAUUCCUGGUCGCCACCAGCGAUUGGCUCUUGAAAUACCUUCACAGACUACCUAUUUGGUCCUGAGAGCAUGCAAAGAGCUUGGUGCUAGCGUGACUCAUGUAUACCAUGCAGCAAUCGCUGUCCUUAUGGGUGAACUUCAAGAAUGCAGGCCGCAGAGGCGGGUAGUACGGUACAUUAACUAUUCACUUAUCAACGAACGUCACCACUGCAGAGAACCGUUUAAUACUGCUCAGCACGCAGCAUCGGUGUAUCAUUCAAUUUCAGGCAAGAGCCUUGCAAUUGACCUGACAGUAACUGCCAUCAACGACGAGCCGUUGGACACGGAGCAAACUCGACAGAAGAUGAUGGAUGCUAUUGAGCAGGUCAAAGAAUACUAUACAUCUAUUCGCAAUGACACGGAGCAUAUCACCAUGGUACCAUCUAUCUGGAGCCUCUCUACGCCAGCUUAUCCAAGUGGCUCGGAGAUUCCUCCUGUUCCAGCACCGAACGAAAGCCCGUCAGCUUCAAUAUCCAGCUUAGGGGUGAUUGAUCAGAUAAUCUCUCCUAAGCAUGGCAUAUUUGAGAUAUUUGAUCCCUGGGUAACUGGAGAGGAGCUUGGAACUGGACUGGGGUUAUUUCUCGCGACUUUCAACGGUCGGAUGGGCUUGAGUGCCGCCUACAAUGACGCAUGGCACGAUAAGGCGGAGGUGAUGGAUUUCCUGACCCGCUGCCACGGACUUGUGUUGACCACGUUGGGUGUGUCUUCUUAA